CUGAAGUGGAUGGUCCAAGACCUGGAUGCAGAGCUUUUUUAAAGCAGAGCGGGAUUUUGACUUUGGGAUAAUUCUCCUGCAGGUCCGGGAAAAGGUGAAGAGGAAUAUAGCUGACUUCCUUUCCAGGUUUUAUCCAGCUGUGGAGAGAGGAGAAGGAGCAUUAUAGGGUGAGCCACACCCAUGUUUGUGGCACCAGGACAACAGCUCAGAAGGAGAAGGACACAAUGGAAACUUUUGGGCGUCUGAAGCUACGGUUUGGAGGGUCCAGGUGGCAGGCAUGAGGGGCCUAGCCUUCGUUGGAGUUUGGCUCUAGAGUCCACUGGAGCUUCCACUUCAACUGGACACAUUCCACAGGACUUGUGCCCAUGAGGUCGUCACCACUGGUCCUGCUCCUCCUGAUCGGCGUCCAGGCUGUACUGAACAUGGGAGGUGGAUUGGCCCGUAGCCCUGGAGCAGCCAAUCAUCGAGCAGGGCAGCAGGAGACAGCAGCAGCUAGGGCACACCUUUCUCAGGACCAUCAGCACCAUCACAGGACCACCCAUCACAGGACCAAGAGGCCACAUCGUGCAGCUUCGAACAUGCACAACAGAAGCCCUGUCAUUGGGCGCUCUACGGCAGGUUCCUUUCCAGACCCCUCCAGCCCAGUGGUGGACCCGAAGCUCUUCUCUAAGAGACAUUAUCAUCCCUCGCCCCGUGUUGUCUUUAGCGAGGUAACCCCCUCGCACGAUGUUCUGGAUGGUGAGGAUUAUGAGACUGAAGGGGUAAGAGGGGUGAGGGUAAGGCGCAGAGCAGUAUCACACACCAUGCAUCGAGGAGAGUACUCUGUGUGUGACAGCAUAAAUACCUGGGUUAAAAACAAGACACGAGCCACAGACAUAUCUGGUAAUGAAGUGACAGUACUGUCCAAUGUUACAAUCAACAACAAGGUAAAGAAACAGCUUUUUUAUGAGACCACCUGUAGAUCCCCAACACACAGGGGCUCUGGAAUCAUAAACGGAGGACGUCCUGGAGGACGGGGUGGAAAGCAAGGCUCCAAGUCAGGCAACUCUGGUUGUCUCGGCAUUGACAGUCGCCACUGGAACUCCUACUGCACCACCACACACAUAUUUGUAAGUGCCCUGACCGUCUUCAAGGAACAGACAGCCUGGCGUUUCAUCCGUAUCAACGCUGCAUGUGUGUGCGUUCUCAGCCGAAAGUCUUGGGCAGGAAGGCUGGGGCACUGACUGAGGAGGACCACUCUUGACCACUGGACUAUGAAAGCAAACACAUUUCUACAAAACAGCCACUGCAGCUUCCUUGCCAAUACUUCUAACAUACACUCCCACUGAUCACACACACACACAUUUCCCUUAUUCAGUCCCUUGUUCCCUGACCCUACCUCAGUCAAAGAAGUCCUAGUAGUUUUAAGUUAUGAGAACCGCAUGUCAUAUUUAUGGUUUAUACAAAUAUGAAAGUAUAUACUGUGUAUAUAUAUAUAUAUAUAUAUAUAUAUAUAUAUAAAUAUAUAUAUAUAUAUAUAUAUGAUUUCAAGUUUUUAACUGUUGUCAUUAUCAUUGUUGUUGUGUUGUCCAUGCUGUUAUUUAUUAAACACCUCAGUACUUG